GCGGCCGCCGUGGGGGUUAUGCUGGUUCUGGUCCUGGUGGUGCUCAUCCCCGUGCUCGUCAGCUCCGUGGGUACGGACCCCGGCCACUACGAGAUGUUGGGCACCUGUCGGAUGGUGUGCGACCCCUACCUGAACAAGGGCACCCCCAGCAGCAGCACCAGCUCCACGGGUCUGCAAGCCGAGGCGGAGGCGCUGAGCGACCACGGCAACGUGCACCCGCCCUCCACGCUACUGCAGGGUCCGCAGGGCAAGCCCGGCAGGCCGGGGAAGCCGGGGCCGCCCGGGCCGCCGGGCGAACCGGGGCCGCCCGGGCCGGCCGGCCCUCCGGGCGACAGGGGGGACCAAGGACGGACCGGGAUUUUGGGUCUCGGGGGGAACGGAGCUAUCAGCACGGCCACCUACAGCACCGUGCCCCGGGUGGCCUUCUACGCCGGCCUCAAGAACCCGCACGAGGGCUACGAGAUCCUUAAGUUCGACGACGUGGUCACCAACCUGGGCAACAACUACGACGGCGUCGCGGGCAAGUUCGUGUGCAGCAUUCCCGGCACGUACUUCUUCAUCUAUCACGUGCUGAUGAGAGGCGGCGACGGCACCAGCAUGUGGGCCGACCUCUGCAAGAACGGACAGGUCCGGGCCAGCGCCAUCGCCCAAGACGCGGACCAGAACUACGACUACGCCUCCAACAGCGUCAUCCUCCACUUGGACGCGGGGGACGAGGUCUACAUCAAGCUGGAUGGCGGCAAAGCGCACGGCGGCAACAACAACAAGUACAGCACCUUCUCGGGCUUCAUCCUCUACGCGGACUGAGCGCACGUCACGGAAGGAAAAGACAGUCCAGCUCAACUGAAGGAAAGAGACGUGGGGUGGAGAGGAUGUGUGUUCCAGGCCUUCUAGUCCCCCCCCCACCCAUCCUUCUUCCCUCCAUCAUCACGGACAACCUUCUGCUUCCUCCGGGCGCUGCAGCCGAGGCCCGGGUGGGAAGCGGCGGCCGGGGCGGCGGGGGAUCGGCGAUGGGGCGCGGUUCCAAGCACCCGCCGCCGCCGCGACGCCAAUGUGUCGGAAGCUCCUCUCCAACAGCGUCUCUCCCUUCUUCCCUCUCUUUCUUCCUCCAUCCCUCUUUCCUCUCACGGCACAAAGCAGACCGUCACACCUCUUCUCUCCACAGCCGACUUGACUGAAAUCCGUAGUGUUGUCGCGUGCAAUUUAAACCUUAGAUUGUGUUUUUAUUUGGUAGAGAUGCAUAAUAAUCUGCACUGAUUGACAGAUGGCGAUUAAAAAAAAAAAAAAAAAACGAUAAUAUCCUUGUCCCUUGUGAAGAUAUCCCCCAAGAGAUGUUGUUAUGGAAGUGGCAGGUGACUCUGUGUGUUCAUACAAUAACAUUCAGCACUGUACCUCCUCCAAAUGUAUGGAAAUCUACUCUUAUAUAUACAUAUAUAUAUUUAGACCACACAAUUUCCGCCGGCUCUUGGUACACACGCGAGGCGACGUCCUGCUGCUGCUGCUGCUGCUGCUGCUGCUCUCGGGGGGUUCAUCAAAGUGUCUUCUACGUGUUCUAGCGCUGCUUAGAUC